AUAUCAACAUUACACAUUUGAACGUUGUUUUCGCAAAUUGUCUUUUACAAAGAACGUCCAUAAUGAAGUUCUACGUAUUCAUUGCGGUUCUAAUAGCGGCUGCCGUGAUAAGUGACUGCAAGCAUACAUUCAUGGGCACCAAUGUACAGAGACAGAAGCUUAUACAUCGCCACGUCAAGUACAAUUCUCACAUGUUCCAGAAGCGUGUUGAAUAUCUAAAUUACACUGUACCUGCUAAAUUUGGCUACUCAAGGUCCAUUCAGGGUAUCCUCGCUUACGACAUGCUACACUCUGGUGCAACAGCCAAUGUGACAGCUGGAGGCCUGGGCUUCAACUACGUGUCCCUGCGUAUGAAGAGCGAACGCAGUCGUGGUCUCAGCUACGAUGUCUACAUUUACUCUUAAAUCAGCAAUAUUGAGCUCACCAAUCUCCCUUGUGAGACACCUUUAAUACGGCUAACCGCCAGUUUCUUUAUCGCAAGUAACAGUCAAAGUAACGUCAUAAAUCAAAAGUGAAAUCUUAUUCACUGAAAAAUAAAGUCUUCUUUUAUACUUACUACUUUUACUGUUACUUUUGCUUUACAUGAAUGAACUGGCUGUAAGUCUUGCUUAGUAAGCCAAAAGCUUUGGCGAUGUUCACAUAAAUAAAUAUUACAAUGUGACGAAAA